AUGGACGCGAUGGACACGGACACGCCUGGCCCUGCGUCGCUGGGCGCUGCGCCCUCCCUCGAUCCGUGGGACUACAAUGAGCAGGUGCGGCAGGUACAAGCCGCCAUGCUCGAUAGCGACGACGACGCACGCGCCGCGCAGGUGCCAGCGCUGCUGCAGGCGUAUGCGGCGAAGGCGGCGGUCAUGGCACUCACGCCGACUGAGUGGCACAUCUAUCUCAGCUCGGCGCAUACGCAUAUGAGCGCAGAUGCAUGGCUUGAUCUGCAUGCCCAGAGCACGCAGGACACUUUCGAUAUGAGCCUGUUUGUGCGCUACGCCAGUCUUGUGCUCCGCCUGCACGAGGCACAGACGGGCCUCGCGUAUGAGAUGGAUAUAGACGCGCCCAUCCAGCACGCCAAUGGGACGCCGUGGCAGCUUGGUGCGCUGACCGAACAGUGGACCGGGCGUCGCGGGCCGCCCCUUCGAGACAACGGCAUGUACGAGCGCGCCGACCUCGGCGCUGGCGCCUCGCCGAUCUCGCUCGAGACAGCGCGCAGCCUGUUGCGCGAGCUCGACGGAGCUUCUGCACCAGAUGUACAUCGCUCGGCUACAGGUUCCGCAUCAACGUACGUAUUCGAGACUUACGCAGAACUGGCUGCGACUUUUGAACAACUUUCGUCGUUCGUAUCGAGCUGCAUGCCCUCGGAGGCGUACGAAGCCGUGAUGGCCGCGGCGAACCGGUACUAUGCGGACUCACUGCGCCUGUGGGAGGAGCGUGAGGCAUGGGAAGAUGGCGUGGCACAACCACACGCUACGCUGCAGGAGCACUGGCUGCCGUACCUGGCGUGGCAGGCCCAUCGCGUCAAGCAGCUGCGCGUGGCCAAGGACAAGUCGCAUCUCGGCACCGAGGAAGAGUGGGCGAGCAUGCUGUACCGGCGCGCGCUGCGCUGCUACGGCCUGUAUCCACUCGCGCGGAACGCCAAGGAUGAGCAGCAGUACGCCUCGGUGCCGCCUACACCGGACGUCGAGAAGCGCUGGCGCAACAAGCUGGCCUCCAAGUCGUUGCAGCGCGAACGCGAGCGGAUGCGAAAGGACGCGCGCGAAGCCGCACGGCUUGCGGAAAGCCUGUGGCUAGACUUUGCAGCUCUGGUCAGCACCCCCCAGGUCGACGCGUCCGCGCUCUUGCGCGUAUGUGCGGAUGCCACACGCGCUGUGCCUCCGUCUGGGCGCCUGUGGGCGCUAUAUCUCCGUACGCUCGUGCGCUUUCAGCGCCCAGCCACACAGGUGCAGACACUGUACGAGAGGACGAUCGCAAGUGGCUCGAUCGCCGCGGUCGGCGGCGGCCACGCGCUUCUGCCGCUACUCGUCGCGCACAUGGACUGCGUGCGUGCGCAAAUGACACUUGAGAUGGCCACGGAGCACCGCGUGCCGCCGGACCAGGUCGUGCUCGUGUCGGACCUCGAUCGCUUCAUGCGCCUUUGGGAGCUCCUGGUGCAGGCGACGGCCUCAAUGGCGGCGCUGCCGGAAGACGAGCAAGACCCGCACCUGCUCCUCGAAAAGUAUGCCGUCGACUGGAUCGAGCGUGCGGCGCGUGCGAUUGUCGCGUCUGCCGGCAUGCCCCCUGGGGGCGGUGACAACCCUGCAGCCGGACUCCUGGAGCUCGCAGACGACGUGUGGACGCGUGCGCUCAAGCAGCAUGCACACAACGUAUACGUGUAUAUCGAGUCGGCCCUCUUCUACAAACGCCGCGACGACGAUAAACGCGCGCGGCAGCUCUUUAAGGCGGGUAUUGCGAAGCACGGCCUCGAGAACAAGCUCGCGCUGCUGCAGGCGUACGUGCAAUUUGAGCACGAGCGCGGCUCGCCUGCCGAGGUCGAGCUGGCCGAGGCCAAGCUCAAGGCCGAGACCGACAAGGCAUGGCGCCAGUGGCUCCAGUACCAGUCACAGGCCCAGGCUAGUGCGCCCGAGCCGCAGCCCAUGGAGACGGAGACGGCCGACGUGCCGAAGCGCAAGGCCGAAGACGAGGCGCCGGCCGACAAGAGACGCGCUGAGACGGAGGAGCCUGCGCCGUCGCGCGACCGCGAGUUCUCGUCCGUGAUGGUCUCGGGCCUGCCCGCACAGGCGACCGAGGCAGACGUGCGCACGUUCUUUCGCGACUGCGGCACCAUAUUCAGCCUCGUGGGUCCUCGCGAGAUGGCCGCGACGGACGAGGACGGCCAGCCCACAAGUGCGGCGCUGGUCGAGUUCACGGACCGCGACGGCGCAGGCGCCGCGCGCACGCGCGACUGGAAGAAGGUGCGCGGCUCACAGGCACGUGUCACGCUCAGCUACCUGUGCACGCUGUACGUGACCAACUUCCCGCCGGAUGCGAGUGACGAGGCGGUGCGCGCGCGCUUUGCGCCCUAUGGCCCGAUCUUUGACGUGCGCUGGCCAAGCCGCAAGUUUCAGCAGUCGCGGCGCUUCUGCUACGUGCAAUUUGCUACAGAGGCUGCUGCGCAGGCUGCGCUUGCCGAGCAUGGCGCGCACUGGCAUGGCGAGCAUGCUCUGCAGGUUCUGCUCUCGAACCCACAGCACAGGAAGCAGCGCUCGGAUGCACAUGCGAACGACAAGGAACUGUAUAUGACAGGCCUCCCGCGCUCCGCAACGUCAGAGGAUGUGCGGCAAUUCUUCGCACCGCACGGCGACGUCGCGGAGGUCCGCGUGCCCGCGCGACCUGACGGCAAGUCGCGCGGCAUUGCCUUUAUUCAAUUCCACAGCGCCCUCGAUGCGCGCCGCGCAAUGCAGGCAACGAACAGCACCAAGUUCCAGGGGCGCCUCGUCGCAGUAAUGCUCGCCGAUGCGGGACGCAAUGCGCGCCCCGAGCGCUCUAGUGGGGACGACUGGCGCGCCCGCUCUGUGCUCGUGGCUGGCUUGCCGCCCGAUGCGCAAGAAGCACUCAUUCAGCAGGCGCUAGAGAGCGCGCUGGGCCCGCAGUCGGUGCGACGCGUAUUUUGGACGCCGGGACGUGCGCCGGGGCCGGAUGGGACAUGCGAUAGCCUCGUCGAGCUCGCGGACGCCGAGACGGCAGGGAAGGCGGUGCUCACAGCGCGCGCCUCCUACGCGGGCGCUCCACUGACACUGUCGGCGCAUGUGCCGCCGGCUCCGACGCCCGCCGCGCCGCCGCUGGUGCCCCGAGGAGCGGGCGCGGCUCGCGGGCGCCGCGCAUUUGGCUUUUCACGUGUGCACACGGCGUCGGACACGGUGCCGAAAACCCAGGACGCCUUCCGGGACAUGCUGCGAAAGUAG